AAUUAUCAUGGCUCCAUGGUUCUUGUUUACCGCACCACGGAUGCCGCCUGGUGGCGAGACUCCGCAGUUUCGCUUCGCAAUUGUCGGAAGGGUUGUGAGCGUGUGUUUACCGCUGCGUCUUGUGACUCCGAAUCCCCUUAGGAUUAUAUCAAAAUCGCCGUUUCUUAUCAGCCGUAUCGCCGUGCCUCGCCGUCGACGGGCGAUUUCUUUCGUCUCGGCGGCUGAAACCCUCGUGAUUUUCCCGUGCGUGAUCCCGCGCGGUUCGACGUCGGCGAUCGCCGUAGUGUGAUCAAGGGAAAAUGGCCGCCGCGGCGGCUGCCGCGCUGCUCGACGAGCUCAUGGGCAGGAACAGAAAUGUCUUGCCCAACGAGAAGCCCAAGGAGCUCAACUGGGAGGACCCCGAGUUUUGCAAGCUGUACCUGGUGAAAUUCUGUCCCCAUGACUUAUUCGUUAAUACAAGAGCGGACUUAGGUGUAUGCCCAAAGGUACACGACGAUGAGGCCAGGGAACUGUUUGAAAAGGCGCCGCAUUCGUAUCGUAAACAGCAGUACGAGGAUGAGUUUAUCAGGUAUUGUCAGAGUAUGUUAAACGAAGUGGAGAGAAAGAUCAUAAAGGGAAAGCAGCGAUUGGCACUGAUUGGGAGAACAGAAGCACCGACGUUGACUCCGGCCCAGACGCAGAGGAACGAGGAGCAGAUCGCCCUGCUGACGGAGAAGAUAAACAAGCUGGUGGAGGAGGCCGAACAAAGUGGAAUUCAAGGCAAUGUGGAGCAAGCGCAGGGCCUAAUGCGUCUUUGCGAUCAAUUGAAGGAAGAGCGCGAAACCCUGAGAAAAUCCAACGACAACAGUCAUUACAAUCAAACUGCAGAAUUAGCGGCCGCACAGGAGAAACAAAUGGAGGUAUGCGAUGUGUGCGGCGCAUUUCUUAUCGUAGGUGAUGCCCAACAGCGGAUCGAUGAUCAUCUGAUGGGAAAGCAGCAUGUGGGUUAUGCCAGACUGAAGAGCGCUCUUCAGGAGAUUAUGAACAAGCGUGAGAAGGCGCGCGAUGAAAAAGAGCAGAGAAGAGAGGAGGAGCGAAAGCAAAGGGCACGAGCGAACGAGGAGCUCGACAGACGGCGGAGAGACGGCGACAGAGAUAGAGAUCGCGACAGAGAGAGGGACAAGCGUCGCAGGCGAAUGGACGAUGACAAGAGCCGUCACGAUUCCGGCGGUCAUAGCAGAAAUGCGAUGUUCAAGAAUUGGAGCCAAUCUAACGGAGAUGUUGCUUAUUACAGAAAUUCUGGGCAUAGAAGUAGAAGUAGAUCGCGAGAUAAGCAUCAUCGAGAGGAAGAUAGCCAUCGUCGUCACGGUCGAGAUAAAGGAGAUGCAAUGACAAUGAUAAUGAUUUCAGGAAAUCGUGAUCAUCGAAGUUCUAGCCAUCAUAGUCGUCGCCGGCACCGCUCGCGAAGCCGAAGUCACAAGUAACUUCUCUUGAUUGGUUAGUGAGUGAGAAGUAAGCCAGGUAUGCACCAAACAAUAUAACCAUAUUCGUCUCAAUUACUGUACAGGUACUCUCUCGAUCCAGGUGAGUUGCCAUUCCGAUGCACAUAAUACAUAUACAUGAUAAUAUAAUCUGUGAUGUUUGAAGCGCCGCGUAAGUCACACAGCAAGUUUCGUCUCACUCUCUCUGAAACACAUUCUGUCUCUCUCCGCCUCUCUCUGUCCGAUUGUUCCGGAAUAGUCACGCUCUCAUGAGAAAACGAGAACGCCUGUCAUUAUAAAACUCGAGGAAUAGAUUGUAGUCUUUCGUUUUCCUUAACAUCUAAAUUGUUAGUGGCGCAAUUAAGUGAAGCUGAGUGAUCGAUGGUAAAGUCUGCAGAUUAUAAUAUGUAUACUUAUUAUUAUGUAAUAUUGUAUAUAUAUUGUUGUUAUAUCAUCUAUCCAAAGAUAUAUAUUUUUGUAGAGCUUUAAGAUCGAAAAAAUUAAAUUUAUUCUCUUGGUCAAAUUUUUAUUCCAGAUAUUUUGCUUACAUUAUUGUAGCAAUGAUUUUUGGAAUAACUUCGAGAUACAUUUAUAGAUUUAAUUUUUCUUGUUCUAAAUUGUUCUAAAUUUAAUUGUUUCGAGCACUUAAAGCACUUUAUAUUAAAAGGCUUUUAACAAUAUAAAAUUAUUCUGGAAAAGACUGUUAGGAUUUUUAUAGAAAGUAAAUCUGAUUUUUAUAACAUAUUUUUAACUUAUAAUUGAAGUAAAAAUUAAAAAUUUUCAUCACUUUCCGUGCGUUUUUUUUUUUACACAACUCUGAUAUCAAUUCCAUGCAUUCUCGAUUUAUCUUGCGGAGCAAGCUAGGAGGAGGUAUACCUACGCUUGCUUUCAUCGGUUAAUAAACUCCGUACCCAAGCAGCAGGAGAGCACAAGUCCAAGAAUUCGUUUUUUUUCCAGGAGAAGCUCGCGAAGGUCUAUGGAAUUGUGGAUAUGUACUUUCAAGAUGAAUUGAAUGAAUAAGUGUGAAUAAAUGCAAUCAGGUUGAAACUCAUCCAAUAUACAGAUUCAUACUGUUUACUUAAAAAUAAAACGAAUUGUUUCUAUAAAAAUAAAUACAGCGUUUUCUCUUUAUUCUAAGUAGUUUUAUUGCGUUUUGUUUUCAGAUAAUUGAGAAAUUCGGGGCUUGCUCUUCGGGAAUUUACCUUGCUUUUUUUUAUGCAGAAAAAAUUAUCGUAUUUGCCAUUACAAUGAUAUAAGAUAAAGAGACACCCCCGGUAAAAAGCCAAUAAUUUUGGACUUAGCCCUUUUUGCUUCUCGGGCGCAAGGCUGUCUUCGUAGAUUCGUUAUCUUAUUCGCGCGUCAUUAAAGAGAGAGAGAGGGAGAGAGAGAAAGAGAUUAGUGGUUUAGUGUGGAAGGGACACAGCUCUCAGUGCCCGCUUCAUAGAGCUUCGUCCACGACUGCAAAUGCACGAGUGCACAACUGCGAGUGCGCCCUGCAAACGUGUGACUGUGACUAUACGAACCUCUAGCUUCUGCCACGCAAUUGACGAGGUAUUUAUGCCGGAAUGAUAAUAUCAACACAUGUCCUUCUGCCAGGAGAAUUAGCCCCUUUGUUUUUGAGUCCCUUUGGGAGUUCCUUGGCUAGCUAAGGAUCUUGGCGUUCUUCGAGAAGAAUUCGAAGUUUUAGACAGUACAGGGAUCCUGAAAUCGCCGGUAUAUAGGCUCGUACAUAAUUCGUUCAAGACUGACGUUAGUACUCCACACCUCGUUUUUAUCAUGAAAAAAAAAACAAUACACUGAAACGAGAAUGUCAUUAGCAAAGGCCAUAUCGGCCUAGAAAAAGAAAUAUAGGUAAUUAUAAGAGAGAAUUUACCCCUGAUAAUAUUUAUCUUCAAAAUUAAGCUUAAGAGAGAUUUGAUAUUCAAUUAUUUAGAUUUUUGUGAAUGACGUAAGUCAUCUCUCGCCUCCCUCCAAGGCAAUAAAAGUUAACCCGACGAUAUUUGCGUAUCUUUUGGCAUUUCCGAUCGAGAAGAUUUAUAGUUCGUAACCCCGUAAUGAGGACCUCAUGCGCUUAUUAAACAAACACACAGUCGACAGAGGGACAGGAUUUUGCCAACAAGACCAUUAUUAUGAGCGAUGUUUGGCUAUUAUAUUUGUAUCUCGAUCGCCGACGACACCUUUGCUAAAACUUGGAUUGUCUAUUUUCAGAAAGAAGAGAAGAACCCCAAGGGAAGACUACGGAAACUCUCGAUCAAGACGUCGAUUAACAUAUUGUUAAGGUAAAGAUUUUGCAUAAUCUUAACAAUAAGAAAAAGAGUGAGAGAAAGUGAGAGGGGAGGACAGACGAAGAAAAUAUUUGCGUUGGGUCACACAGAUAUACCAGAUCGUAUAUAACUCGUGUUCCGAGCAAUUGUUAUUUUAGGCCAUCUAUACAUAAACAGAGUGAUCAGCAAGAUAAAUUGUACAAUACAAUUUGUAUUUGCUGUGCCGUGUUAUUAUAAUAAUAAUGAUAAUAAGAUUGUUAUUUGGAACUAAUAAAACAAUGCUACGUA